AUGGAACAGGCUCGAGAAAAGAAACGGACAGGCUCGACAUCAACUCAGUCAUCCUUGAACGCUGAAGGGACUUCAUUGAAGUAUGAUCAGUUUAACUGCCGUGAAGGUAAGUUGCAAUUUUUCUUCAUACUGAAAACAUUCUGUAAGAUUUCAUCCAAAUCAUCCAUUUUUCAUGCAAUCCAGACUGCGUAAUUAUCAACGAUGAAUAUUUGGGGUGUUCUUGUAAGUUUUUCUCGCACUGCAAAAGUUGUCUGUUCUUUCGCGGGAUUCUGUGUGUAAUUGUUAGCUACCGCUUUGUUAAAGUGAAAAGUUCGAUUGGGAAAGCUAAAGUUGAAAGUUAAAAUUAUAGUUAUGUACCACAAAAACGUAUUUGUAUAGAUCAUACAGUUGCUUCUUGACUUUUCACAAUUGAAUUAAAGCGGCCAAAUCAGUGUUUUAAGUUAACGGCUAGCGCGCAAGCGGUGAGGUUGAACCAUGACAAAAAACGCAGGAAAAAAAUCAAUAAAAAUCCUAGUUUAUAGUUAUGUUAAGGUAACAGUAUUUCAUUUUAAUUUUAAAAAAAGUGAAGUGAAACUUUGGAUUUCAUCCGCAAAAUCAAAAAUACAGAACUAUAUUUCACAUCUCAGGCACUUCACCAAAGGGUUGACAGAGAUAUGUGAUCUCGGAUUAAUUUUCAGAUCCCCUCAUUUUAUAAUACUUUCUUUUGCGGUAGAGUAAAUGGAGACAAAUCUGCUAUUCUGUAUGCUAAGCAGUUUUUCAAAAACUGAAAUCAGCAAAACAAUAGGAAGUGACGUAAGGUUAAAACGUUUUAGCCUGGCUUUUAAUCGUUCUUCAAGAAAAUUUUCUUAAAAUGAAAUGUAGUUUGCUUUUUUUUUUAACUGUGGAGGAAUUCCUUUGGACUGGAGUGACCAAUAUUCAAAUGAAGUUUUUUAGUACAGGUGCAUUGUUUGAUCUGUUAAUCAGCGUUUUACAGAAUGAUUUUGGCGUUGGCCAUUUAGAUUUGACUUAUGUCACUUUAAGAGUUCAAUUAAGGUAUCAUUGAACGUAAAGAAAACAUGUUUAAACAAGUUAUUACUAAACACCGAAAGGUUUGACCUCCGGAACCCGUCAGUUUCUCAAUGCUUCCGUCAUCACAGAGAGCGAUUAACAUGGUCAAUUUCCUUUUCAAUUUCUCGGGAAAAGGGUAACUUGUGUAAAGGGCACACCUUUCGAAUUGUCUAUAUUUUCAGUGAACGAAACUAGUUCCAAGUCGAAAUCCCUCAUUGCGGAGAAACAUAAAAAAGGUAUUUGCCUGUGAAAAUAUUUAUAUCUUCCCUUCAUGAUCGGAUCGCAGUCCCAAUUAUUAGCUGCAGGAUUAAAAUGAAUGGCCUAUCCCUAGAGACUAUGUUAGGGUAAAAUUCCGACAUUUAGAGAUUUAGAGAGUCACCUAAAAGGAGUAAGGAAGGUAGAAACGGGGCAGGAACUAACUCUAGAUGUCCUUGUUACCUAGCCGGAGAGUUGACUGUACGUCUCAUAUCUUUUCUUUCAGCUUACUCUAUAUCUUAUGACAGGAGGCUGGCUUAUCUCUGAAGUGCUGCUGAGUCCUGUUAAAUUCCGCCAACUCCUAAAGAAGCCGACAACAACUAAAGAUCAGCUUCGUUUACUAAACCAAGUAACUGACAACAGGUUUUCUAACCACGCACUAUCAGAGAAAGACAGCAACGCCACCGUCGACAGUCCGAACGUUCUUUACCGUCUCAGACGUUCUUUUCAUCCUUGUGAGAAGCGAAGAGUAUUCAAGUAUAACAACUGUCUAAAAAGACAUGUCGAAGAAGUUCACUGCAAACAACAACAUGUUGGAUGUCUCCUGGAUGGGCUCCCACCACCAACGUGCAAGAAAAAUUAUCAACUCUUCUUCGGAGAGAAUGGAGCUUGUCAUGUUGCAACAAGUUGUUCUUGUGCAUGA